CCUCGCUGUCCUUCCUCCCCGUUUGCCUCCCCAUCCACAACACUGGUACUAGCGACUAGCCAAGCCUCUGCCUGCCGCCCAAACUCCGACGACUCGCCGGUUCGCCUCCGCGGCAAACGAGCAAAGCGCACGUGGAGACUGAAUCCCGCAUCAGCAGCAACCGCACGGCGCGGCGGCAGCAGUAUGCUCCUUGCCCUCUUCGGCGGCUACCUGACGGUGGCCUCCCCGCCGCCGCCUUUGCUCUCAGCCGCAGCAGCCCCGAGGCCGAGCGCGCGCCCUCCGGCUCCCCUCCCAGCUCGUCUCAGGCCCGCGACCCGCCUCGUUGCCCGACGGCCCGCGGGGCCCGGGGAGGCGUUGAGCGCGGCAGCCGCGGAGGAGGACGAGGGCGAGGAGGGGUUCCCGAGGUGGGAGGGCGGCAACGGUGAGGAGGACUACGACCAUGACCCCGAGAUCGGAGACAUUAUGGGGGACUACUUCGACGACCCCAAGAAGGCCCAGACCCGCAUGGAGGAGAGGGUAAGGAAGAAGCGUCACAAGAUCGUGCAGGCCAAGACCGGUUCGCCCAACCCCAUGAAGGUCGUCUUUAAGAAAUUUGACUUCUCCAACUCGUAUAUAUGGUUUGAGUUCUACAAUGCUCUGUUGCCAAAAGAUGUGAAAUUAAUUUCUGAUGCUCUGCGAUCAUGGCAUAUAGUUGGGCGCCUUGGUGGCUGCAAUUCUAUGAAUAUGCAGUUAUCACAGUUGCCUUUAGAUUGUAAAAGACCAAGUUAUGAUGCUCUUGAAGGAGCAAACGUCACCCCAACAUCCUUUUACAACAUUGGUGAUCUUGAGGUUCAAGAUAAUCUAGCACGUGUAUGGGUAGACAUUGGUAUUCAUGAACCAUUGCUUUUGGACAUCCUGUUUAAUGCCUUAACGACAAUAAGUUCAGAUCAUGUUGGUAUUAAGCAAGUACAAUGUGGAGGUUUAGAGUUUGAGAGCUGGAAUGAGAACUUGAAUACGGAAGAAGCUGGAUAUAGUGUGCGCAAAAUUUAGAAAAGCUCAAUCCUGAGAUUGCGGAAGCAGCUACUGUUUUAGCUACGGUGCAAAUACUGCAUCUAGUUCCUAAAUCAAAGACCUCACGAGGCUUCAACCACAGUGAUCCUUCUAAUGAAAUGAAAAAUGGUGGCAAUGCGAUGCAUGAAAAGAUGAUGUCCAAUUUUCUGCUAUUAACUUCUGCUUUAAAGGGGUCACCAUCCUUAUGCAACUAUGCUAGCUGCGGGCCAUUGAUAAUCUAAUUGUUGGAUAUCUAUAAUGUCAUAGCUUCUCCAAUAUGCAACGUGAGGAUAGUUACUCCACAUUCGACUAGCUAGUUAGAAGAAAUGGAAAAUUUAGCAAGACUUGUUCAAUUGCUAAAUGUUUUUUUGCUUAGUGCUAGUGGUCAUCUCGAACCCUGAUUGAACCAUUGCUAAAUAUGUUUUGCAUAGUGUUAGUAGUAAUCUGAUUUAUUGUAGCAAGUUGGCUAGUGAUUUGUUGCUUCAGGCUUUCUUUUUACUGCAACGGGCUUGCUGGUUUGUUGCAGUAGCCAGUAGGCCUUUUUCAGUAGGUAUUUUUAUUUGUUGCAUUGACUGCAACAGUUGUAAUGUUACUUGUGGAUGAUUUCUAAACUGUUGAUCUUACGAAUACGUGAAGGAUGUAGAGUAUA